AUGACGACGGACGUUCGAGACGAGAAGUACCAUAUUUUCAAUAUUAGGUUGGCCAAAUUUACUGGUUUAUAUCAAAUGCUGGAUCCCAGAACCACAAAAUGUCUAGGUCGAAACGUCUAUCACAUCGCUUUGGCGUUAAUUUUGAUGUAUUUAUGCGCCGUUUCGUUAAUGUCCACUGUUAGCUGUUUGUACUAUUGGACGGACAAUAUGUCCAUAUGCCUGGAAGAUCUCUGGAAAGUGGAAACCGCGCUGUUCAUAAUCUACAAGAUGUGGAUCGUCAUCCACCACUCGAACGACAUAUGGAACUGUUUGUCGAUCACGUGGUACGGUUUCACGUCGUUCGGCUUCCGGGAGAGGCACAUACUGGAUCGUUGGCGAAAACGUUCGAUGAGGUUCUCGGCCUUGUUUGCCAUCACGUAUUUGAUUUGUCUGGCCAUUUUCGCGGGCUGCACACAGGCGUUCCGUAACAAAAUAACACCGGUCAAAAACCGCGACGGUUCGGUCGGGUAUUACCGACAGAAUAUUAUGAAUUUCUACAUAAUUGUAUCCGACGAGACGUACAACGCGUAUUAUAAUACGUUUUGCUUUGCCGAAGCGCUGUUCACCGUCUCUCUAGCAAUGUUAUUCCUCAUAUUUGAUAUCCUUCUGGUUACACUGUGCUUUGCUAUUUGCGGUCAAAUGCAAAUAAUCAACGCUACGUUCGAAUCGGUCGGACAUAAGUCGAUUCGUGAUUCUCAUUCCCCAAUUGAUAAUACUGUGAUUAAAAACAAAAAGAUAACUGACAAACAUGAUUUAACAUAUGAUGAUUUAAAAACAAUUAUUAUGGAUCACCAAAAAAUUAUGAAGAAAUAUGAAGAUUUUUUAGCUCUAUUUGGAAAAGCAAUGCUGGUACAAAUUUUUGUUUCAUCAUUAUCACUCAUCUUGAUAUGGUUUAUUUUCAUAAUGAUUUUAUCCGGCGAGGAUAGAUUUGUGGCUUCGGAAAUUACAACAAUAAAAAUGGUAUCUCUAAUUCCUUCAUUCUCAUUUCAAAUAUUUAUGGUGUGUUAUUUGUUUGGAAGUUUACACAACCAAAAGGAUUCGAUAAUAUUCGCAUUGUACUGCAGUAAUUGGACUGAAAUGGAUAUGAAAUGUAAAAAAAUGAUAUUAUUUAUAAUGAAAAUGAAUAAUGCUAACUACAAAAAGUUAAAAUUUACAAGUACAAAAAUUAUAAACUUGGAAAUGUUUUUUAAAACAAUGGGUAAUUGUUAUACAGUUAUUUCGGUUUUAAUAAAUCAGAUUAAAACAAGGAGUGAAUAA